AUGGCAAUGGCGACAUCCAUAACUCCUUACCUGUUUACAGUGCCGUUGGCAUUGCAGGCCUUCUGGCGACAUCCGUAUUACACGAACAGCAAGGCGGCAAGCGCAGCACGGGUGUUACUCAUGCCAGCGACAAUAUACUUAGCAUUGACAAGCAAUCUUGAUCGACACUUCGAGCCUCGUGACAAGAACUUCCAUGUUAAUUUUACAAUCAGUUCCUUCCUCACAGUGCAUAUCGUAUGUCUUGCAAUACAACUCGGGCUCUCACAGGACCCUCCCCUGCCAGUAUCUAAUAAGCUCAAAGCCGAGGAAAAGAUGGGUAAAGAUAAUCCACAAAAAUUGUCAUCACGUAUCGACGUACAAUCAGCCCCUUCAUGGGGUGACUUGAUCAAGUUUACUGUUUGGUUACUUACUAGCCCUCGGUUUGUUGGAACUACUUGGGCUCCUCCAAAAUCUGUUUUACCUCCUGCUCCCAAGCUGUCCAUGUGGGAUUUCUUUAUAAAGACCAUGAAGAAUACUUUGAAGCAUCACUUUAUGUUUGUAUCAUGGUGGUUUGUGGGCGUCAUGAUUACACAGCAUCCGCAGGGAUGCUAUGGUUUUCUGACCCAAGAAUGCGGGCUACCAGAGGGUCGCUUAUUGAAGAUCUUAGCUCCGUACCUCAAUGGAAUACCUUUCGCAUUUGCUACGUGGCUUACCGUAGAAAAUUUGUGUAACUUGGCGACACUUGCAGAUCUAGCAGUAUAUUGCUUUGGUCCUCGGAUCUUACCGAAGACGCUUGCACCAGGUCCAUUCGAUAGCACACUCUACUCACCCAUCUAUCCCAACCUUUGGGGGCAAUCCAGCAUAGCUGAGUUUUGGUCCAAAGGAUGGCACGCUGCACUUCGUCGCGAUAUUGUCUUUUGUGUGGGUAACACCAGCGCAAUGCUUUUCAGUGCCUUCUUUCAUGAAUAUGGUAAAUAUUGUUCAUACCUCGUAAUUACCUAUGGUUACAUAUGCAAGUGGAUUGCUCAUACUUUGCUUUUUUCAGUUGUGAUAUCUUCUGCUCCUGCCCCGGAUCCAACAUGGGGUACUGCCAAAUGUUGGAUAUACAGUGCGGCUGCAGUCGGUUUUGAGUAUCUGUUUACCGUGGUCACGGGCAAGAGAGUAGGCGGAGGUUUAGGAAAGGUAUGGACCUACAGCGUCCUAUUUACUCUACAACUGCAUACCAUCAGUAAAUGGUUGGAAUUUGGUCUUGGACAAGCAGGGAUUGUCCCAGUUUCUCUUUGGACAUGGCAUAGAUAUGUGAUUCCCUUUGGGCCUUCUCUUCCUGAAUCUUGGAUAUUCCAAACACAGUCAUAA